CCCGGCGGCCCAGCUGGAAGCAGUGCGCCGCGGGUCGUGACUGCCGUCGAGUCCCGGGCCCACCCAGCAUUGGGGCGAGAGAAGGCCCGGAAGCGGAAUCUUAGAGGAACGGGACUUACCCCGGUUUGGCAGCCGGCUUUCAGUGAAGAUGGCGGGGCCAGAACUGUUGCUCGACUCCAACAUCCGCCUCUGGGUGGUCCUCCCCAUCGUUAUCAUCACGUUCUUCGUGGGCAUGAUCCGCCACUACGUGUCCAUCCUGCUGCAGAGCGACAAGAAGCUCACCCAGGAACAGGUGUCCGACAGUCAAGUCCUAAUUCGAAGCAGAGUCCUCAGGGAAAAUGGAAAGUACAUUCCCAAACAGUCUUUCUUGACACGAAAGUAUUACUUCAACAACCCAGAGGAUGGAUUUUUCAAAAAAACUAAAAGAAAGGUUGUACCACCUUCUCCUAUGACUGAUCCCACCAUGCUCACAGACAUGAUGAAGGGGAACGUGACAAAUGUCCUUCCCAUGAUUCUCAUCGGAGGUUGGAUCAACAUGACUUUCUCUGGCUUUGUUACAACCAAGGUCCCAUUUCCACUGACCCUCCGUUUUAAGCCUAUGCUACAGCAAGGGAUUGAACUGCUCACCUUAGACGCGUCCUGGGUGAGUUCUGCAUCCUGGUACUUCCUCAAUGUGUUUGGGCUCCGGAGCAUUUAUUCUCUGAUUCUGGGCCAAGAUAAUGCCGCUGACCAGUCACGAAUGAUGCAGGAGCAGAUGACGGGAGCAGCCAUGGCCAUGCCCGCAGACACCAACAAGGCGUUCAAGACAGAGUGGGAGGCUUUGGAGCUGACAGACCACCAGUGGGCACUGGAUGAUGUGGAGGAGGAGCUCAUGGCCAAGGACUUACACUUCGAAGGCAUGUUCAAGAAGGAAUUACAGACGUCCAUCUUCUGAGGACCAAGCAGGGAUUGGCUGUGCCAGGAACUUGGAAUAGCGCUUAACCUUGUAACUUUCGUUGGAGCUUCGGAGCCUCUGAAAAUAAAAGGGGUGCCAGGGCUGGCGGGUGUGCUGCAAGGCUCGUUCUUGUCUGAGCUGGGUCCCCCUGUAUUGGAAACUAGAGGAAAGAGGAGUAUUGCGGGGUGACAUGCUAGUUAAAAGUGGCAUACAUUUUCCUGAUAGAGACUAGUGAUGAAGUCAGAGAAAGGGGAAUCCUCAUAGAGCUACUAAAUCUACACCCAAAGGUAGCCCAAACCACCCAGUCUCUGGAAGAAACAUCGUCAGUUAUAACUAGUUCUUAUGUUCAGUCAGCCUGACUUCUAACCACUGUAAACUCCUGUUUUCUUGGAAUCCAAACACCCUGCAUUCUACCUUUAAUUUCUAUUUUGUUAGGAUUUUUAACUUUCUUUACAAAAGUAAUACAUUUUCAGUACCGAAAAUUUAGAAACUAUGGGAGAGCCAAAUAAAUGGCCUUGUGCUGUUCACUCAAAGCUUACUAAAUGACACGUUAGACAAAUGUGUCGAAACUGGCUAAGAUUAACUCUUCAGCGUGGCUAGCCUCGGUCAGGACAGACCUGGAACACAAACUUGUAAUUCUGGUACUGUCCAGUGAAAGUGACUGACCCCAAGGCCUGCCGGGCUCUCGUAGGCCUAUGGGGUCAUCAGAGACAAGUUCUUGAUCUGGACUUCAGAAAACAGCAAAUCCACUGGCCAGUGGACAGUGCUGUGCUGUGCAUGGCCAGCUAGCUGAACAGAAGACCUCAUUCCUGAUUACUCUGGACAGGAGAAAAUUCACAUAUCGCUGUCAGAGAGAGGGGGCAGCCAGAUGUGUAGGUCAGGAUGCCCAGGAAUACUUCUGUCUUGAUUAAUGGUCCCAGGGAGGUGGCAGGGCACCAUUGCUGUACCAAGAGGUGAAUGUAAUUUGCAUGUUGAGCUCUGUAUCAAGAACAACAACUUGACUACAAAUUAAACCAUCCUGUGUUCUCUCCUU